UUCAAAGCAAUCGAAUCGUAAUGACAUUCUUGGAACAAAAAAAAAAUUAUGCAACGAUUAACCAUAGUUUUGGCUAAUUAUUCUGAUCAAGCUGAAACGACGACGACGACGAUUGCCGAUUCUAUCGAUCUUAAUCAUAAACAUUCAAAAUGGUGGUCCUUUAAUCCGGAUAUCGUUUUGGCUUUCGGUUUGAUUAUAUUCUAUGCAAUAUUUGUAUUAUUUAUUGUUUUCAUUGUCAUACGAAUUAUACUGACUAUUUGUAUGUCAACAAAUCGAAAAAUAUCCAGAAAUCCAAAACCAAAAAUUCAUAUUCAUUCAGAUUAUGGUCUAUCUGAAUCUGAAUCAAAUUCAUAUCGUACAGGAACAUUAGCUAAUUCAUUAUCAAUG